UAAAUAAAUAAAUAAAAACCCCAAAAAAACAUAACGAGAGGAACUGAGAAAAGAGCUUAACCGGGGAAACCUGAGUUGGUUUCUUCCUGAGCAGCGCUUGAACAUGCCCGUCCUGUUUGAGUAAUCGAGCGGGGUCCCAUGGGUCCGGGAGCAGGGAAGGCAAGCAGAAUGCACGUUCCAAGGACAGGGAGGGAGUGGGGAGCCUCUGACCGCUGCCGUCCAGGUCACAGGUCAGCGGUGGUCAUAUCCUCUGGAUGACCUGGCCCGACACCAAUAUUGGUUGUCAAAUGGAGAUCAUCACCUUAAAAGUUAAAAAGGAGAGUAGUAAGUAAUAUCUGAAAAGUCGCACAGUAUGUGCCUCGCAGUGGGUGCUAAGAUAAACUUGAUCUCUUUCAGAAAUGUACAAGGGCGCAAAGAUGAAUUAUAAACAUUUGACUAUCAUUGUCUAUAAUGGCGAGAUUUUUGAACAACCUCAAUGCUCAGCAACCAGGGCUUGGUCAGAUAGCCGAUAUAUAUCCGUGUAAUGGGAUACGAUGACAUUGGCACAAGCAGCCGUGACAUUCAGGGUCUUGAAAAAAACACCCACAGCUUGUGAAGUAAAAAGAACCAAAUCUGUGGCCCCUCCGGUCCCAUCUGUGAAAAGACAAACACCAACACCUCGAUGGGGUGCUCCCCUCGGCCUUCUUCCUUGCCCCGCCCCUUCUCUGCCUCCGUCUUGGCUUCCCCAGCGGCUCCCCGUGACGUGUCUCCGACUCCAGGUAACCUCCUGGGGGCCAGCUUCUCCAUCAUCUGCUCCGUUCUGAGCAGCAAGGCAGUGGUGAGACUAGAGCUCCUGCGGGACGUGGUGGGGCACUGCCGCUAUAGGGUCAACAACCACUUGGACCACAAGUACAAACCACGGCCUGUGAACGUGAUCAUCUAUUCUGCGAAGAAGAAGAUUGGUGAGGAGAUGGAGUACAGGCUUCUGGGCAAGAACUGUGAGCAUUUUGUCACCGAUCUGAGAUACGGUGUGCCCCACAGCAGGCAGGUGGAACAUACCCUGAUUGGAGGAGGGGUGUCCCUGGGACUCGGCAUUCUAGGCAUGAUUGGCUACUCACUUGUGAAGACAUGAUCCCAAAAGCAAUGACAGCCCGAAGGAGCCCCAAAUCCUUCAGCUGCAGAGACCAGUGGAGACACCCCAUGGCUCCUCUGUCUACCGGACCCUCAACCUCCAGCAACCUGUCGUUCUGUCUCUCCCUCUCCCUCUCUCACUGGCUGAAGGAUGGGCUAAUUGUGCCAAGACCAACGAAUCAAGUAAAUGUAUCUUCAAGAAGGACUUCCACUAUAUUUUUGCAGACUUCUGAACCAGAAAGGAAGGAAGGAACAUUACUUCGACACCUGUUGGGUUCUCCCCGCAAUUUCUAGCUAAGUGACCUUGAGAAAAUCUCUGGAAUCCCAGAGCUUCAGUCCCCCUUCUCUGGGAUGGGGAUAAGGAUUACAUAAGGGAAGGUGAUGUGGAGAAGACUCCUGAUGUCUGGUAACCAGCAGAUAUUCAACGGGUGGUCUACAUCACUCCAUGGAGACUCUACAUCGCUCCAUGGAGACUCACCAUUGUUGUCACGAGACAUCAUUCAUUUUACUGUCUGGGUGCAAAAGUGCCCCAACAACUCAGUUAUGUCCUGGCACAGCCACACCACCUGGUGCGUAAACAUUUCCCAACACCUUUCCGAGUACCUUCUUCAUCCAGCCUUCCUUUCAGUUUUCCUUUUCAACUCCAGGGCCUAGUCUUCACCCACCUGGGACUGCCAGACGGAAGUAUGUUAACUUUCCAUGCCGACGUUGCCAUGGCUCAAGCUGCCCGUGGGUUGAAUGGUGAAAAUUCGCCACCUCAAUCUUUAGGGCAGUGAAACUCUGAAUGAGACCAUAGCGACGGGUACAUAUCAUUACACGUUCGUCCAAACCCAUAGAAUGCACAACACCAAGGGUGAACCCAAAGGUAAAGUCUGGAUUUGGAGGGAUUGCAGUGUGUCAAUGCCGUUCGUCCGUUGUAACCCACACGGGUCCUCUGGGGAGGGAUGUUGAUGGUGGGAGAGGCUGUGCCUGAGGGAGAACAAGGGGUGUAUGGGAAAUCUUUACCUUAUUCUCAAUCUUGCCGUGAAUCUAAAAAGUCUCUAAAAAAUAAACUCUCUAAAAAAAAAAAA